UCGUGACCUCACCAUUGUGGUGCUGGGUUACCUAGCUGCAGACAUGGGAGGGAUGCCUUCCAGUGAGCAAGAGGGAGAGGAGCAGUCACUGCCCUCUCCAGUACCUGAGCGGGAGGAGCCUGAGCGUCCACAGCCCGAGUGGGAGGAGCCUGAGCGUCCACAGCCCGAGUGGGAGGAGCCUGAGCGUCCACAGCCCGAGUGGGAGGAGCCUGAGCGUCCACAGCCCGAGUGGGAGGAGCCUGAGCGUCCACAGCCCGAGUGGGAGGAGCCUGAGCGUCCACAGCCCGAGUGGGAGGAGCCUGAGCGUCCACAGCCCGAGUGGGAGGAGCCUGAGCGUCCUACGCCUGAGUGGGAGGAACCCGAACGUCCUACGCCUGAGUGGGAGGAACCCGAGUGUCCACAGCCCAAAAGGGAGGAGUCGGGGCGUCCACAGCCCAAAAGGGAGGAGGUCGAGGAUGAUGGCUGGGAGGUUUUUUUAAAGAACCUCGCAGCAGAGUUAUGCCCUGGCUGUGGGGCUUAUGGGCACACGUUAGCCAUAUGCCCCACCCAGUAUGAAGAGGAGGAACCAGCGCCCAGACGGGGGGACCGCGAGCGUCCAGCGCCCAGACGGGGGGACCGCGGGAAUCCGAAGCCUGAGAGGCAGCUGUUCCCACCUUCACCAGCAGAGCAAGAAUGCCUGCUGGUUUCCCCAUCACAACCAGCAGAGGUAGAAUGCCUGCUGGUUUCCCCAGCCCAACCAGCAGAGGAAGAAUGCCUGCUGGUUUCCCCAGCCCAACCAGCAGAGGAAGAAUGCCUGCUGGUUUCCCCAGCACAACCAGCAGAGGAAGAAUGCCUGUUGGUUUCCCCAGCACAACCAGCAGAGGAAGAAUGCCUGCUGGUUUCCCCAGCACAACCAGCAGAGGAAGAAUGCCUGCUGGUUUCCCCAGCACAACCAGCAGAGGAAGAAUGCCUGCUGGUUUCCCCUUCAGAAGCAGAGCCGCACCAGUCCGCUGCAAGAGAGGCAGAGCAGCACCAGUCCCCUGAAAAAGGGGGAGACUACACGCUGCUCCCACCUCCAUCGGCAGGAGACUACACGCUGCUCCCACCUUCACCGGCAGGAGCAGAGCAGCCGGAGCUGCCUCUGCCACUUCCAGGAGCAGAGGAGCAGGAGCUGCCUCUGCCUCCGCCACCUACAUCAGCAGGAGCAGAGCAGCCGGAGCUGCCUCUGCCUCAGCCACCUACACCGGCAGGAGCAAAGGAGCAGGAGCUGCCUCUGCCACUUCCAGGAGCAAAGGAGCAGGAGCUGCCUCUGCCACUUCCAGGAGCAGAGGAGCUGCCUCUGCCUCUGCCACUGCCAGAAGCAGAACAGCAGGAGCUGUCUCUGCUUCCCAUACCUCCACCACGGGGAGUACGGUGGCUGGAGCCCCAGAAAGGGGAGCUGUCGGCCACGAAGAAGGGGGAGGAGGUCUGGAGACCACCAACCCCAGCAGCAGUUUCGCUGCCGGAGAUCGUGGGGGAGGUCCAGAGACCUGCUCCCACUGCAGCAGUUUCGCUGCCGGAGAUCGUGGGGGAGGUCCGGAGACCUGCUCCCACUGCAGCAGUUUCGCUGCCGGAGAUCGUGGGGGAGGUCCGGAGACCUGCUCCCACUGCAGCUUCUUCGCUGCCGGCAGUACUGUGGUCGGAGCCCCACCAAAGGGAGCUACCGGCUACAAAGAAGGGGGACGAGGUCUGGAGACCACUGUCCCCAGCAGCAGUUUCGCUGCAGGAGUUCUUGUGGCCGGAGCCCCACAGGAGGGAGCUGCCGGCUACGAAGAAGGGGGAGGUCGAGGGACCACCUGCCCCCGCAGCUUUUUCGCUGCAGGACGGGACCAACAGGCUGUCAGCCGUGCCACUACCGGCAGGGGUGCUGACAGCAUUGCCAGCCAAGGGCCCACUGAAGCCUCCCUUCCCAGCCCGAGACUUUGUCCUGGACUGCUGGGUUUUUAAGGGGGGAGGUGGCCGUUGAGGCCAUGUGUGCUGCGCACAAGGGGGGGUAUAUGUGGCAAAGUGCCCCGCCCCUGUGUGCAUUUGGGUGUUCUGUGUAUGUAUGUUGCGUGUGUAAAUGUUGGUGUAUAGUCAUUGGUACACGGGAUAUAAACGGGUCUGUGUUUCACGUGUAUUUAAAAAGUGUAUAUUUGUAUUUAGGCACGGGAUUGCACAUCACGCACGUGCAUUUAAAAUAUAAUGUGUGGCACGGGGUUGCACGUAAUUAAUUCACGUGCUGGGAUUCAAGUGAAUAAUUAAUUAGUAAUUGAAUCCCAGCACAACAGUAUAUAUAGAGACACAUUUUCACUCACUGGUGGUUAGGUGUUCGGAAGAGGAGAACGGGUGAGAGAGAGAGGAGAGAGUUAAAAUCAUUAAACGUAAAGAUAAGUGUGUGUACUCACCGUGUUUGUUUGUCUCCGUGCACCGUUUGUGUUUAGUGCGUUUUGUCUGUCUGUUUAUUUUGGCGCAAGUGCCGUGUCCCGUGUUUUUGUCUGUUCAAACCUUUUAUUUUCUGUGCUGUUUUAUUAAAUGCUGAGCGAAACCAUUCGCUCAGCUCCACCAAAACCCCAAGUCUCUGUCUGUUUACUCCCUGCUUCUGGUCUGACGCCACCCACUCCGGCCGUCUUUGUGACAACGACAUAAACUGAAAAAAAAGAGUCAGAGGUGUUUUUAUAGUUUCUGGAGUAGUAGAUAAUGUUCCCCAAAAUGUGCUGGAAAAAGGACACCAAUUUCAAGGUGCUACUGUAAAAAAUGUAUAGUGAUUUUAUAUAGCAAGGGAGUCAAAAACAGCCAAAAAGCGCUUGGUCCUGGGUGUGCAUCCCAUUGAAAAAUGCUUGGUCCUUAAGUGGCUAAUCCAGACUUGUUUCCUACAAAAAAGGACACAACAAUAACAACCCACCAUGCUGAACCAUUUGUAUGGAAUUGUGGAAGGCUCUUUAAAUGACACACAGAGAAAGACAGGUGCGGAAGAAAACAUGUUUUUAUUAUGUCACGAAGUGCAACAUAAAUAAACAAAAACAAAAAUAGUGCACUGUGACUUUAAAUGCAGUGAACUAUUUGCAACGUGCCGUUUUGAUUCACAGGGAAUCCAGGGUGGAAGCGCUUCCGAUCACCAGGAGAACAGCAGAGCUGUAGUCGAGAGAGAGUCAGGUGCUGCAGAAGCAUCCAGUAAGCAAGUCCAGGGCAGGUCCUCUGAGCUGAGGGUGGUGCUGCUUGGGAGGGCAGGAGAUGGGAUGAGUGCCUCUGGAAACACCAUCCUGGGCAGAGAAGAGUUUCAAUCUGAUGCCGGCUCUUCCUCAUUAACAGUGGAGUGCCUGAAGAAAACAGCUGUAGUUGCUGGGAGACACAUUUCUGUGGUCGACACUCCAGGAUUUUUUCACACAGAUCUCUCUAAAGACGAGGUUAAACUGGAGAUUGGGAGAUGCGUCUCCCUGUCCUCCCCGGGACCCCACGCUUUCCUCCUGGUGAUGCCGGUGGGUCCAUACACAAAGCAAGAGAAGGAAAUAGUGCAGGAAGUCCAGAAGAUGUUUAGUGAGAAAGUUAUGAGGUACACCAUCAUUCUGUUCACCCGAGCGGAUGAUCUCGAAAAGGGCAUGACUAUCAAGAAGUACCUUAAGAGCAGCCAGGAGCUCCAGGGGCUGGUUACAAAGUGUGGGGGGUGUCACGCCUUCAAUAACAAGGAGGAGAAUCCCACCCAGGUCACUGAGCUACUGAAGAAAAUAGAGAGCAUGGUGGCUGAGAACGGAGGCAGCCACUACACUGACAAGAUGUACCUGCAGGCAGAAGCAGUGAUCAGACAAGAGCAGAAGUAGAUGUAGGCGUGCGUGUUUGUAACAUAAUUUUUCUGUUUUCUAAUAUUUUUGUAAUGCUCAUUUAGUUAAUAGUUAAAACAGCUAGAAUUUAUGAGUUGUAUACAGUUGUCUGCUUUUGAGGGCCAGGACCUAGGUAUUGAAUUAUUAGCAGCUUAAAACUUUCAAUAGUUUGACUAUUCAAUGAUUUCACCUGAACUAUAAACAGCAAUGAUACAACUUCAUCUGUCUGUUGAUCUUUGCUUCUGGUUCACAUUUUCAUUUCAGCUUUUCAGCAGCAUGAUAAAAUGCAACAUUGUUUCGUGUCAAUGUGCUCGUAUAUUUCAUUUAAUCAGAUAAAAUGGAAUCUAAUGUAUUUUCAUGGGGGCUAUCGGGGUAAACAUGUUAAGAGUUCAAAGUUUUCUGUCUUUUCUGAUUAUUAUUAUUAGCACGGUUUUGUUAAAAAUGAACUUUGUAUUCUGCUUUAUAGUACAAUUUAAGAGUGUUAAUAUCUUCACUGUUCUUUGAAUUAUAUUAAAACUUAAUAAAUAAACAUGUGUGAUUGAUGUGUGUGCUGCUUGUGUUCCCUGCAGACAGACACCUGUCCCCCAUCCCACAAGUCCUCUACCUUCUAUCUCUGACCGGCUUCAUGUUACUGGGAUUUCUCUGACUCUCAGACACGUAUCCUGCUGUCUUUAUCUUUUGUUUAAAGAUAACCCGUAAACAGCGGUUUACAGAAACCUUAGCUUCAAAACUCAACAGCUGUAAACAAAAAAAACUCUUUAUUGCAGCAUGAAAUAAAAUUAAAACUUUGCUUUGAUUUUUGUGUUAUUGGUUUUUUCCACAAACAGCAAUUGUUUUCACUUGGGGAGAAAAACUAGAGAAAUCUGCAAGUCUUGCUUGAACUUUAAAUUUGGUCCCCUUCUGUCAGGUGACAGCUACCCAAACCAAAUCUCAGUAAUCAGAGUUAUACCCCAAACUACACAAUAAUGUCAGCUUAUAAACCCCUCAGUUAAGAAUGAUAAAUCUCAACACUCAAAGCUUUAACAUUUCACAGUUACACCUACACUCAAUCGGCACCUUCACUGCACAAAAAAACAAUAGCAGUGUAAACAGUUUUUCUAGUACAAUUAACACAGCAUUUCUUUCCUUUACUGUUUCAGUUUUUUAACCCUACUUGUUCCCUUUUUUAGAAAAAAAUCCAUACAAAAAAAAAUUCUCUUUAGCUCAGUCCAAUCCAAUGUCACAAUCUGUCUUUAAAAAAAUAAAAGUUCGCUGGCAAGGUCUUUUUCACAAGAGAAGGUUCAGUAGCACAGUUUGUUUUAAAUAAUAAAAAAAAAAUCAAUAGCACCGUUCUGUUGUAAGGAAAAAAUGAAUACAAAAAAUAAUGUGCAGAAAAUGCAUGUUCUUCAAUAAGGUACCUCAGAAUACACAGUCCCGUUUCAAAAAACAGUUCAAAGCAGUAUAGUUCACAAAAAAUAUACUUCACUUAAACCAGUUCACCUUUUAACACCAGGAGCUUCCCUUUAAGUUCAAAUAGAAAAACAAUAUUUACUACACAAAAUCUUGUUUGCAAUGUCUCAUUUCAAGUCUGUUCCCUUUCAAUUCGAAGAUGACCACCAAAACAAUACUUUAGGGAUAUGCCUCCUUGAUUUGAGCAUUUUAUAUCAAAUCUGCUGAUAGGCCCCUCCGCGGAGAGACGUCCUCGGUCCCGCCUCACGAGGUAAUAAAUAGUCACUGCAUGGGUCUCUUUUGCCUUUCACGAACAGGUAGGUAGGGUGAGUAUAAACCAACCUCUUUCCAUUUGUGUGAUUUUUCUGCAGUUCCCUUGGAAGGUGAUGGAGCUGGCACACUUCCCUUUAGUGGACUCCACCGUAGCAGCCUUAGUGCGGACAAGUCUGCCUAUUGGAUGCGCCUAUCUCCCCUGGCCAUACUUUUGGAAUGGCGGUAGAUGAGAUACUGCAACGCUCUCACAAAGAGCGAGAGGCAUCUCGACAGGUGGCUGCAAUGCUCCAGUCCCAUGCCCCGGCACGAGGAACGGGGAGACAAUGGCGUUCGGCAGUUACUACGGUAACCCGGACUAUUCCAAUCCCCAGGGCACCAUGGGGUGACCUGAGGCACCGCAUCCAGGCCUCUGCAACAGCUAAUACAAGGGGCCGUCAGCAAGGAUGGGGAAGUGCUAGACAUGGGGUCUCAGCUCGCCACCGUACACACCAGUUACGCGCUGCACCUCCUCCCUUUCGAGGGAUCAUGGUUACAUCUGUGAACGACCCUCUCCAGGUCUUGGCACUCAGACAAGAAGUAAAAACACUGCUUUUCAAGGAAGCCAUCUGUCUCGUAGAACACACCUCUUAAAGAGAGAGGUUCUACUCGAGAUACUUCUUGGUGCCAAAAAAGGGUGACGGCCUUCGCCCCAUCCCAGACCUGAGACACCUCAACAGGUUCUUGAGGGAGAGGAGGUUCCAGAUGGUCACACAUCGCCACAUCCUCCAGUCUGUCCAGCCGGGCAACUGGUUUACAACAGUGGACCUGAAGGACGCAUAUUUUCAUGUUCCUAUCCGUCCAGCGCACAAGAAGUAUCUCUGCUUCACCUUUCGGGGAGCGUCUUCAAGUUUUCCGUGCUGCCAUUUGGCCUCUCCUUAGGCCCCUGCACAUUUUCAAGGUGCACUGGAUGCCAUCCUAGCUCCCUUGCAGCUGCAAGGGAUCAGGGUAAUGAAUUACCUGGAAAACCGUUUAUUUGUUCCCAGUCCCAGGAAGGAGCAGUGGCCCACACAGCGACUGUGACGGAGCAUCUGUCAAGGCUGGGUCUCAUCCAAAAGCCAAUUAAUUCCGGUGUAAAGUACAGUCUACUUGGGUUUCUGGCUUGAUUCCCUUACGAUGCGAGCCUACCUGUCAGACAACAGAGUAGCUGCCAUUCACAACUGUCUGGCCCUGUUUCAUCAAGGGUUUACAUUACAAUUGGUAUUGUGCCAAAAACUACUGGGUCUGAUGGCCACGGCUUCAUCAGCCAUCCUGUGCCCUCUCCAAGCCUGGCUCAGUGCCUUUCAGCUACACCCCAAGCGCGACAAACACUGUCGGCUGACCGUUUCUCGCCUAUGCUGGGAAGCACUAUGCUGGUGGAGGCAAGCCUCUCAUCUGAGCAAAGGCGUAAUGAUGGGAGUGAUACACAACCGUCAAGUGCUGACGAUAGUCACAUCCAACUCUGGUUGGGGGGCGGUCUGGGAAGGCAGAGGAGUCUGCGGACACUGGUCGGGUCACUGGACAUCCCUGCACAAAAUUGGUGCAUGACCAGAGGUCAUGAUCCCAUCUAUUGCCCUAUAGCAAUUAUUUUACAGUUUCUGCAAGAUCUGUUAGAGGCGGGUAAAUCCCCCUAUACAUUAAAAGUGUACCUAGCAGCCAUAUUGGCAUGCCAUGUCCCCAUUGACUGAGUAUCCCCGGGCGCUCAUAUACUAGCCGUUUUGUAAAGGGUGUUCGGUGGUUACGUCCUCCCCGAAUGGAGUCUAGACGUGGUAUUGGAGGCUCUCACUAAGGCCCCCAUAGAGCUGAAGUAUCUCUCUAUGAAGUCAGCCUUUCUAUUAGCUAUCACCUCCGCUAAACGGGUCAGUAUUUGGGACAAUGGAAACGGUAUCGUUGCGCACAAACCCUGCUUUCCUCCCUAAGGUGAUUACAGCUUUUCACUUGAAUCAGUCAGUGGAAUUAGAGGCUUUCCAUCCCCCUCCCUUCAUGGAGGAGUCAGAUAGGAGAUUAAAUUCUCUUUGCCCAGUUCAGGCAUUGAGAUGUUAUGUGAAAAGAACGAGAGCGCUGCUUCAGUCUGACCAGCUCUUCGUUUGUCAUGGUGAAAGGACCCGAGGCCAAGCCCUCUCUAAGCAGCGACUGUAUCACUGGAUUGUGGACACGGUUUCUACUGCAUAUACUAAUGCCAGC